AUGUCCAUUUAUUCACAAGCUUUAGGUGCCUAUUCUUCACUGCCUGUUGAAGUUCCCCAAAACCACAAACGCUUCAUCUGUGACCUGACUCAAGCUGAUCGUCUUGCAAUCUAUGAUUAUGUACUGGAAGAGACGAAGAAACAGAGGUCCAGAUCCCAGGCCACUGAAAACGACAGUGAUCUCUUUGUAGAUUUGGCUGCUAAAGUCACCCAAGAUGAUGGUCAAAAAGGUCCAAAGUCUCAUCUUGAAAUCCUGGCAGAAAUGCGGGACUAUAAAAGACGGCGGCAGUCGUACAGAGCUAAGAAUGUUCAUAUAACAAAGAAAUCUUACACUGAGGUAAUCAGAGAUGUGAUUGGUGUGCACAUGGAAGAACUCAGCAGCCACUGGCAGGAGGAAGGUAAACCAGACAAUGCAGAGACGUGUGAAGGAGGAAAAUCUUCCAUUUCAGCAAAAUCUUCAGGAAGAAACGAAGAGAGACGGUCAGCAUCAGUGGACUCUCGACAGUCUUGUGGAAGCUCUAAGGAUGUCGAUCGAUCUAGACACAGGAGAGAUCCCAGCAGAAGUCCAGACAAACAAAAAAGAAGUAGAGAAAGAGGCAAAGACAGGGAUUCCAGGAGAAAAAGAGAGAGGGCUGAAGACAAAUAUCACAACCACAAAAGAAGAAAAUAGAAAUGGGACUGUAAAGA